AUGGCGGCAGCAGCCGCACCGCUGUCGCCGCAGCCCCGGGGCGCUGCGGGCGGCGCAGCGCUGAGCCCCACGCGCAUCUCGAGGCUGCAGGAGAAGGAGGAACUGCGGCAGCUGAACGACCGGCUGGCCGUCUACAUAGAUAAGGUGCGCAGCCUGGAGACGGAGAACAGCGCGCUGCAGCGGCGCGUCUCCGAGCGGGAGCAGGUAUGCGGCCGCGAGAUCAGCGGCUUGAAGGAGCUUUUCGAGACGGAGCUGGCCGACGCGCGUAAGACGCUGGACGACACGGCGAGGGAGCGGGCCAAGCUGCAGAUCGAGCUGGGCAAGUUGCGCGCCGAGCACGAGCAGGUUCUCAGCAGCUAUGCAAAAAAGGAUUCUGAUCUUAAUGCAGCUCAAGUCAAACUUCGAGAGUUUGAAGCAGCGCUAAAUGCUAAGGAAGCUGCGCUGGCCACAGCACUGGGUGAUAAGAGAAGUCAGGAAGAAGAACUUGAGGAUUUAAGAGAUCAAAUUGUGCAGCUUGAGAUUUCUUUAGCUGCGGCCAAGAAAGAACUUGCUGAUGAAACUUUACAGAAGGUGGAUCUUGAAAAUCGUUGUCAGAGCCUCAUUGAGGAUUUGGAAUUCCGUAAGAAUAUGUAUGAGGAGGAAAUCAAGGAGACGAGAAGAAAACAUGAAACUCGCUUAGUUGAAGUUGACUCUGGGCGUCAAAUAGAAUAUGAGUAUAAACUGGCCCAAGCACUGAAGGAAAUAAGAGAGCAGCAUGACGCACAAGUGAAACUGUACAAAGAGGAGCUCGAACAGACUUACAGUAGCAAACUUGAAAAUAUUAGACAGUCAUCUGAGAUGCACAGUUGUACAGCCAACACGGUAAGAGAAGAACUUCAUGAAAGUCGUAUGCGAAUUGAAACACUGUCUUCCCAUAUCGCCGAUAUUCAGAAAGAGUCUAGAGCAUGGCAAGAUAGAGUGCAUGAGCUUGAGGACGCCUUGUCCAAGGAGCGGGAAAACUGUCGCAAAAUACUGGCUGAGAAUGAGAGAGAAGUGGCAGAGAUGAGAAAUCAAAUGCAGCAGCAGUUCAGUGACUACGAACAACUUCUGGAUGUUAAACUGGCACUUGAUAUGGAAAUCAGUGCAUACCGCAAAUUGCUGGAGAGCGAAGAGGAGAGGCUCAGACUUUCUCCAGGCCCAUCUUCUCGAGUGACAGUUUCACGAGCUUCAUCAAGCCGUAGUGUACGUACCACCAGAGGAAAGAGGAAGAGAAUUGAUGUGGAAGAAUCUGAAGCCAGCAGUAGUGUUAGCAUCUCCCAUUCAGCUUCUGCCACUGGAAAUAUCUCUAUUGAGGAGAUAGAUGUUGAUGGAAAAUUCAUCCGCUUGAAGAAUACCUCUGAACAGGAUCAACCUAUGGGAGGUUGGGAGAUGAUCAGAAAAAUAGGAGACACUUCUGCAAGUUACAGAUAUACCUCAAGAUAUGUACUGAAGGCAGGACAGACUGUUACAAUUUGGGCUGCAAAUGCUGGAGUGACUGCUAGCCCUCCCACUGACCUCAUCUGGAAGAACCAGAAUUCCUGGGGCACUGGUGAAGAUGUGAAAGUUGUGCUGAAAAAUUCUCAGGGGGAGGAAGUUGCUCAGAGAAGCACUGUCUUUAAAACAACUGUAAAUGAAGGGGAAGAGGAGGAGGAGGAAGGUGAAGAAAUUCUUGAAGGAGAUGUUGUCCACCAACAGGGGACCCCAAGAAAAUCUGACAGAAGCUGUGCGAUCAUGUAACUCCAGUCAUCCAGGUUCUUCAAAUAAUGGUGAUCAUUGUCUACAGAAUAGCCUUCUCAAAAGCACAAUGUAUUUUUGUAGUUUCUUUCUGUGAGUUCUUAAGCUGAAAGUCUAAUGGCCUUAAUUUCCUGACAUUGAAAAUGAAGUUUUGUAAAAGAAACUGUAUCUGUGACUUGUUGUUAGGACAUAAACUGGUGAUUCUGAACUUUGUGUACUGUUUGAAAAUGACAUUCCCUACCCCUAGUUUUAUAUGCCAGUCUUUUUUUUAAAUAGAAACUUUAGAAGUUUCUGCAUUCCAGGGAUUGAUUUUUGUUGGACAACACCACUCCAGCCAUCUACUGUUGACUUCUUUAUACUUAGGUGCUGUUUGGGAAGGGAAAGGCAUUUUCAAUACUAUGAACUUUUUGUACUGAAGACAUUUUCAUAUUACAGCGCAAUCAAAGAUAAACAACUUUCUUAUAGAAAAUAGACUUUUUUUAAAAAAAGAAGGGGAUAAACCAUAAAAUCGUGUAAGCACUCAGUUCACGAAGGAUGCAGUAAAAAAAACUUUCUAUUGCUACUUUGCUUAGGUUUCUUAUUCUGAAAAGGGGAUUCAUGUGAAAUGUGUUAGUUGUAUUGUUAAGGUAGUGUAACAGCUUAAAUUUCUUACAUGUUUUUUUUGUAACAAAGUCAAUUUUAAUAUUGAUUGCUUUGCUUGUUUACAGUUUUUAGGAACAAAUCCAAGUCUUCUAGAAAUCUAGUCUAUGUUUCUAUGGAAAACAACUGUAGUUCUGUCAAUGUGGAAAGUUUCAGUUCUUUUUGCAUUUACCUACUGUUUGAAAGCUUUGAAUAAAGAGUAAAGUAUCUCUGUAUAGACACUUCAGAUUAAGGUUUUGAAAUUUGUUUUGCGAUAAAAUGGAGUUAAAAGUUGAAUGAUUGCUAGGUAUUUAGAACUGAUAGGAUUUGAACUUGGGAAAACCUGCAUGUAAAUGGAACAGUGGCACUUGAUUUGUAAGAUUUCUCUUAAAAUAAUGAGGAACAAAUUGACAUUUCAAAAAUGAAUUCUUUGGACCUUUAUUCAAAGUGUACAUAACUUUCUGUAGUUACCUUUGUCUUGAUCUGAAGGUUUUUUUAAUGGCCAGAAUCAUGGGAAUUCAUUGUGCUUUUUUGCUAUCAGUUUCUUGAAAAACAGAACUUCUUAGUGUCUUCCAUGUUGAAUCAGUUUCUAUCCUGAUGAACUACAUCAUGACAUUCUGAAUUUUUGCCAGCAGAAGUUAGAGGUGGCCAAGGCUUAUGUGGAUGGACAGAGAUUGGUGGGUCUCCUCCUUUUGGUAGUAACAUUGGCUUAAACAACUGCAUUAGACCCUGAAGUAAAACUUGUUUUAAUUUCCUGUUUAAAUGUGAGCAUUUGUAUUUAUGUAGUAUUUUCGUAUAAUUUCAGUAUUACUUCAUAUUCUGUAAUAUUCUCAUUAUGUCUAAUUGUUUCUCCUAAGAAUAAUGUUUUUCUAUUAUAGUCUGAGAUACUGAUGUUACAGGCGUUACCUGUAUAAAUGAACACUUACAUUGUAGUAAACUGUUUAUUCCAUUUCUUAUUUGUUUUCAAAACUAAUAGCACAGACUAGCAAUACAAUUCUGUUAGAUAAGACAGUUGAUAAGAGAUUAUUUAACAUGUAUCAGUGUUCUUGGCUCUAGCUUUUGUAGACCCUCUUUUAUCACUGCAGAAUGAUGAAUAGUGCCUUAACCUUUAUGGGAGCAUGUACCUAGGAGCAGCUGCUUGAGUCUUGUGAAUAUUCAGGUAAGUCAGCACUCUUGCGAUAGAUGGCAGUAGACAAGUGCUGAUUUUUAGAAAGGUGCUUUAGAAUACUUGCAUAAACUAGCCUAAAUAAUGUUAGGAGAUUUAAAAAGGGGUGGGGGGGUAAGCCUUCUGUAUGUUGCUGACAUUUAGUGUGGAAACAUCCUGCCACUAGAUGGAGAUCUUGCUAUUGAACUAUAUUCUUAAAGCAAAACAACAACCGUGAAUACCUUUCCUACAUUUCAUGUGAGUCCCAUAAUAACUUCAGAAAGUUUCUCUUUACUAGACUGAACAAAGUCCUCCUAUCUCUUCACCACAAUUUCAACCUUUAAUUAGUCUCUUGAAAAGCACUGACCUCAAGCUUGAAAUAUAUGAUUUUGUCAGUAUUUUUUCCUACCUCUUAACUGUUGUAGUUACUGCUGUUAUUUGCCAUUUUGUGUGAAAGAAGGCAGGUGGAUGGAAUUCCUUAAAGGUAUCAGAGCACUGGAAAAUAAGCUUGUUGGUUUUUAAUGUAAUGCUUUGCAAAAUGUGUUUUCAUUUUCUGUAGGUUGUUAGCUAAUGAGCUGGAGAAGAAUGAAACAGUGUCCUAGUUAGCUCUGUAGACCGGCUCCUACUACUUCUAGAGUAACAUCUAAAGAUUGCUUCUAGGUACACUUCCAGAAUUGACAACAUAGAUGAUCAAGAUGUGAUACUGAUCUGUUUUGUACCUGACAGGUGAAAGCUGCUUAGUGACUUGCUACAUGCAACAGGGGAAAAAAAACAAAAAACAAAAAACAAAAACAACACAACAGUGCUAGAAAUACAUCUGCUAACACGUUCUUCCUGUGAAAACCAGAAUAAGAACUUAAUAAGCAAGUCUUUUGUCUUCUGUAACACUGCUAUAAUAUGAUGAGUGUUCCUGAAGCAAAGUGUAUUCCCACCAGUUGUUCCUGGCUCAGAAGAUUGAGUUUAGGUCUGGUCAUAGUAAAAGCAACUAACAUUUAGAUCAUGGUUGGUUUGUAGUGGACAAGUUCAUAAAUAAAUGCUGGUGUAAGCAGUCUUAGCUGCAUGCUACAAAUUGCUAUAUGUUUCAUCAACGUCUACCCCUGCUGUGAUAUAAUGUGGGGAAGUGGUAUCAAUGUGCUCCAGGGAGGUUCAGAAUGGAUGUGAAGGAGAAUUUGUUCAUGGAGAGAGUGGUCAAGUCUUGGAACAGGCUGCCCAGGGCAGUGGGGGAGUCCUCUUCCUGGAGGUGUAUAAGGGAACAUAUGGACGUAUUGCUGAGACAUGUGGUGUUAGUGAUGGAGCUUGUUAGGCCAGAUUGAUGUUCGCACUUGAUGAUCUUGAAGGUCUUUUCCAACCUAGGUAGUCCAGCGGUUGUGUAUUCCACUAAAAUAUUUUCCCAAGUAGACAUCAAAACAUGUAAACUAGUAGCUGUUCAUGACUGCAUUUCAUGACACAUUCUAUUCAGUAGAAACUAAGGAUUUAUUUGUCGACUUUUGUAGAAGCAGUUUUAAUGCAGUUCUUAGAAUCUCACAGGGAAUCUUAAUUGUCUUAACCAACAUUCUUAUAUUGAUAUGAGAGUUUCUGGAGUUAAAAAGGUGUUUUUAUGGGAAAUUCCAAGUCUAGAAAGUGGUGCUUUUAUAUAUCUGCUAUAAGCACUAUAUGUCCUCCUCCUGCUUUUAAAGAAAAAACAAUAUGCUAAUUGACUAUGAAGUACUUUUUUCCAGGCAGGAAAGUUUAGUAAAGGUAGGAAAGGUAAGUAGUUGAUGGGAAUAAAAACUUCUAAAGCUCUUGACCAAAAUGGAGCAUUUUAUGAAAGAAACAGAGGCUAUGUAGGAUGAAGGAGAAUAUUUAUUUAGACUUAAUUGGAGCACAGCAGUUAAUAUUGAGGAAGUGAUGGGGCACUUAAUUAUUUAUAAUUCUCAGCUAGAUACAGGAACACAGCAAAAGUAGCUACUCUUUAUCUCUGUUUUUGCUUAGUGUGCAUUUAGCAGCCUCCCUCUAGUUUUCUUUAAUGAGUUUGUAUAGAUAACAGAACUUGUUCUCAGCAUGCUUAAAUCUGAAGGAAGAAAACAGGUGUGAUGGCCCUGGAAAAGGUAUGUUGCAUUUUAUACUGAUUGUAUGGUUGGCUGCUUUUCAUCUAGCUGCCAAAAAAAAAAAAGUUUGGGUGCAAAGUAUUGUAGCUAAUUUGGCUGUUCCGUUUUAUGAACAGAAAAGAUUAUUGGUGAGCAAGUCUGACUUAAUUUAAGUCACAGAAAGCAGUUACAGAAUUGGUUGUCUGUGCAACUGUAGCAUUUCCUUUGUUUUUUUUUUUUUUUUCCGGGAGAUGGUGUUUUUGCUUUUCAGCAGAGUGGAAUGCUGUUGAUAGCAUAUCAGCAUUAUCCUUAAGUUUUAUUGUGAAAGUGUUUUGUAUGCUCAGGAUACAGCUGAGGGACAAGUUGUUAGUUCUAUAAUCUUUCAGCAUCAAAGGGAGGAAGGUAUUUCUGUAGUGUUGCCACAGUGAGGUGUGAAAGACUCAGUGAAAGCUGGGUAAAAGCUAAAAGCAGAUACUAAGAAACUUGGCAGCAUGUUUACAUGGGUUUAAAAAAGCUUUCUUGUUGCUUCAUGGGAUAAACAAAAAACAUAAUGAAUAACAGCAGUGAGUUGGUAUGUAGUACAGUGUUAUCAUUGCUGUGUUAUAUAGUGCUUAUCCAUAUUUCAGACUUUGUUUUACAGGCUUGCUAGAUGUUUAUGAAGGCCUUUGUUGUACACUUUGCAUUGUCGGUCAGCUUCAGAGGUACUUUGGAUGCUCCCAAACAGUACUGGGCAGUAAAUAGGUAUUUUCCUGCUUGCAUAGAAAAUUCUUUUUUUAAUGAAGCAGAUGCGUUUUGAAUGGAGCUUGGUCUCAUCAACAGAUGAAAAGUGUAAUUACUAGGAGUUUUUAAUCUUACCUUUGUUCUGUAGGGUAGAGCUUUCUUUCAGUGCACAGCUGGUCCCUCUUGUAGCUUUUCCUAUUUUUUUUCCUGAUGGUAGCUCCUUGGUAUCUCUCUGCAUCAAAGACUGUCUAUGGAUAUUGGCCCUAAUGCCCAUUAUGUGCUAAGUUGCCCAAUUGCCCAAUUGUCCUACAUGAGUUCCUACUGGGGAAACAACGCAGAGCUGUUUUAAAUAAAUGGCAGUUUGAAAUCUCAGUCUGGCGGAACCAUACAGCCAAGAUAAAAACAAAACAAAACAACAACAACAAAAAACUGAGGGCUAAUUAAUCUUAUGCUGUGGUGUCCAUGCAAAAGGCUAUGGUAUUUCUAAAACUUCAUUACAAGAGUGGUAUAGUCAUAUAUAAAUUUCUGCUACCCAGUGCAUAUAUUCUCCUUCUGCCUACAGUGUAUACUGCUGCUCUCACUGUGUCACUGUCCUCGGUGUGAGUGAGAGGUUACAUAGCUGCCUGUUGUUGAAUCUCUUCCCUUUUCAGCAUCAUAAUUUUGUCACACACUACUUCUUUAAUCUCACCUUACUUUUGUCUUUUUUGUUGUUUCGGUGAUAAAUCAGGCUUGCAGGGAAAAGGUUGCACAGAAGGAAAAGCUGACUUUUUGCACUGUACUCAUACUGAAUUGUAGUAGACUCCGAGCUUAGUGGUAUAUACAGGGAUGGUGGUCUAUCAUCGGAAGACAGGGUGUGAAAGGAAGGAAUGGAUCGACGCUGUGUGUGUCAUUAGAGAUGGGUUCUUGAUUGUUUUGUUUGUUUUUGAUUACUUAAGUUGCUGGUUUUUAUCCCUUUUGGCUCAAAAUACUGAUUUGAAUGUACUACCUCUAUCACUUUUUUCAUGGAGAAGGAGUAUAAGCAGCAAGGCCAGCUGCAUGAGAGGAAAGAAGAACCUUGCUAAGAAGAAAAGAGUGACAUCCUAUUAAAAACAACCUCCUGAAUUAUUAGUUAACCUGUAUUUUUGCUUAACAGACACUAUUGUACAGCUGGGAGUUCCAGGUAACUGUAGGUACACUUGCUGUAUCUAAUCAAUAAAUAUAUUGCUGCUGCUGUAGAAUAUCUGCUGAAAUCCAGUUUUGAAAUUGUUAAUGGGAAUUUGGAUUUGAUGUGGCAACAAUGGCAGAAAAGCUUCAGGAAAGCCUUUUGACUACAAGUCUUCACUGCACUUCAGAAGUGUGAAUAAGAUGUUAACAUCACCCACCUUCUUUGUAUUUUAUGGAAGUACAAGGAUGAAUAUGAAGUGCAUAGUAUUUCCAUAGGUUUAGUGGAAAAGGCUAGAUGUGUGUUUGGUCUUCUCUGUUGUUUUUCUCAAGAAAAUCCCUGGCAGACAACCAGUAGUGUCUUUGCCUACCAUUUCUACCCUGCUUGCUUGUGACAUACAGAAACUAACGUAGCAAUGUAUUGUGCUUUCUCUGGUUGCUUCAGAAUGCCUUCUGCUUAAAUAACUUUCUUGAAACUAGAAAUGAAACUUGAUCUAACAAAGGCCGUCUGUUUCAAGUUUUUCUGUUGGUCUGUGUGCAGAUGACUUGCAGCUUGAUUUGAAUUACUGUUUUCCUUGUUACUACUGGAAUUCCAAGUCAGCCCAAUUUUUUGUUUUAUAAAACAAAACAAAAAAAAAAACUCUGACUGAACUUUUUUGUGGGCACACUUCCAGGUUUUCUUUUAACCUGGAACAUUCUCCUUAUAUCCUUUUCAGUCUUCUACCCAGAUAGUUACUGUUCUGUAGAGAUAUGGUAAUAAUACAUUUUAAGCAGUCACACUUUUCUAUACACUUCUUCAGAAUUUUGAAUAUUUCUCCUGCAGUUUUGUUCUGGAAGACAAGCAGGUAUCCAUUGCCAAAUAUAUGAUCAAAUCCUGACCUUACAAUCAAAUUAAAGGAUACAGCUCUGUAGGUUCAUAACUUUCUCACAUGAAGAGAUGUUUGUUUCUUGGUGUGAAACUACGGUUUUAUGUCUGAAUAAAAUUGAGAUUUAUUGUUCAAA